AUGGUUGAGGCGAGCACGCUAGCCACUGCAGGCGCGCGGCCCGUGGCUCCGGCUGCAGCUGCACGCGUCGAGCUCGCCAACCCGCCGUCGCUGCACUGUGCGCACAAGGACUUCCUCAAGGCGGGCUCCGUCGACACACUUGUCACCCUCGACCUCUCCUUCCUCGGCACGCUGCUACGGACCGGCAAGCUCUCUCCGGCACACGUGGUCUUCGAGUCGUUUGACGUGAAGCGCGCCCAGAUCUUCUUUGAGCUCAAGGCGGGAGAGCUAAACAUCAACGGGCUGGUGCGCGAGCUCGCCGAGCGGGAGGUGUGCGCCGCCCUCGCCGCGAGAGGGAAGUGUCUCGGACUCUUCCCGCGCCCGUGCCAAGCGCCGACGCCGCCGACGCCCAACCUGCUCCGGCUGCGCAUCGGGGCGGUGUCCAUCAAGGACCUCUUCACCGGGUACAAGGGCGACGUCGAGCGAGACCUGCGCCGGUACGGCCAGGCCGAGGCGGCGGAGCUCGGGGAGCGGCUGCUCUUCGACCAGUUGGUGCCGCAGGCGCUCAAGGAGGUGUUCGGGACGAGUCUCGGCGGGCAGGCCAUCGGCAGCAUCAUGGCGGGGCUCGGCGCUCGCUCUGCGGCCUGGUUCCAGGGCAUCGGCCGCGACAUCCGCGCAGGCUUCGAGCGGUCGGUGCAGGCUGCACGCAAGGGAGCCGCAGUCGCCUCGACCGAUCCUGCGCCGCCGCCCGUUGGCGCGGGAGCGCCGAGCGGCGAGACGCCUCUGGCGGCGGCGACGGCCGGCGCGACGCCGCGGGCCGAGCUGCUCAAGGCGACGCAGAAGCAGGUGGCGGCGGCGGCGGGGCCACUCGGGCCGAAGUGGAAGCUUGCAUCCUCGGGCGCAAAGUCUUCCGACGCCAGCGCCGGCGCCGGCGCCAGUGCAGGCGCUAGCGGCAGCGCGGGAGGAUCUGCCGGGGGCGGCAAGCCCGCGUCGGCGGCUGGUUGAACCGAACGGAUCGAAAUGGGGUUCAGAUGGGUAGAUAUGUUCAUCCCUCGUGAAGAUUCUGAUCUCAGGAGCGGGCUCAUUUCAGUGACUGUGGCGUUUGUAAACCGACCAAACAACG